GGCGGGGCUUGUGCUGAGCAGUAGGGGAUCAGCACAGUGCCUGCAGGCUCCUUGCUGCUGUGACCACUUCUCCUCUGGAGGAAGGAGCUUCUCUGUGGACUAACUCCUGCACGUGAAGAAGGAGGAAGAAGUUUCAAUGCAACGCUGCUUGAUCCAAAACAAAAGUAUGGCGGCCGACAACUGCAAGGACCCCAGGAGGAAGUUGCUGGUGGGAGUGGACCUCUUCUGCCUCUUCUUAGCUGGCCUGCCUUUCUUGGUCAUUGAGACCAGCGCUGUUCUGCCCUACCGUAGAGGCUUCUACUGCGGCGACCAGUCCAUCAACUACCCCGCCAAACAUGGAGACACCAUUAGUGAUGGUGUGCUUACCGCUGCUGGCAUUCUUAUCACCAUCUUGUCUAUCGUCAUUGGCGAGAGCUACCGGAUCUACUUCCUCAACGAGGGUUCCAAGUCCUUUGUGGGCAAUCCCUACAUCUCCGCCCUCUACAAGCAAGUGGGCGUGUUCAUGCUGGGCUGCGCCAUCAGCCAGUCCUUCACCGACAUCGCCAAGGUGUCUGUGGGCCGCCUGCGUCCUCACUUCCUGGACGUGUGCAAACCAGACUUGACCACCGUCAACUGCUCCCUGGGCUACGUCACAGACUACGUGUGUCAGGGACCUGAGGCCAAAGUCCAAGAAGCCAGGAAGUCUUUCUUCUCUGGACACGCCUCCUUCUCCAUGUACACCAUGCUCUAUCUGGUGUUGUACCUGCAGUCACGUUUCACCUGGCAUGGAGCCCGGCUGCUGCGGCCUCUGAGCCAGUUCACUCUCAUCAUGAUGUCCUUCUACACCGGACUGUCCCGCGUCUCCGACCACAAGCAUCACCCCACGGACGUCCUGGCUGGGUUUGUUCAGGGCGCCCUGGUGGCCUCCUGCAUGGUGUUCUUGGUGUCAGACUUGUUCAAGGCCAAAGGGAGACGAGGCUUCUUCUCUUGUCAGCCUCCUGUGAGGAAAGAGCUCCUCCCUACAGUGGACAUGAGAGACAGGAGCAACCAUCUCAUCCUGGCUUGAGAAGACCACUAGGACACACUGGAACUGAAGUGGACAUGAGAGAGAGGAGCAACCAUCUCAUCCUGGCUUGAGAAGACCACUAGGACACACUGGAACUGAAGGGGACAUGAGAGACAGGAGCAAC